AGUUUUGCGCCACAAUAAAUUCACCUUUUAAUUACAAAAGAAACUUAGCAUCCGUAAUUUCUUUUGCAAUCGUAGUUUGGUAUUAUUUGGGCAGAAAAAUUGGGGAAACUUUGAAAAAAUGUCUAGUUAUAGCUGUUAUUGUUAUGGACCGAUGAAUUUAUAUUCGGUAAAAUUUGCUGUGCCGUCGAAAAAAGCUGUAUUUGCUAUGCCGAGGAGGGUUGGUGUCAGAGCUUCAAUGGUGGAAUCCUAUGGGAGCUCUAGUUUCUCGCAACGCAUGGAACGUGCGUGGUUAAUUUCUCAGCAACCAACGCCUGUUGCUUGUUCUUCAUGCGACUCAAAGGGGCACAUUGAAUGCAAAUGGUGCAGUGGAACAGGGUUCUUCAUCAUCGGUGACAACAUGUUGUGUCAAGUUCCUUCAAGAAACACCACAUGUGUCAUCUGCACUGGAAAGGGUUCUGCAUGCUGUGCUGAUUGUAAAGGGACGGGCUUUCGUGCAAAGUGGCUAGAAGAGCCUCCUCUAACCAAGUAGCUAGAACCUGUCUAACAACCAUAUUUGUUGAUGCUGAUGAUGUCGUCCUUUUCAAUUCCGUUUUUUGGCGGUUGAAGUUACUUCAUUUCUACCAGUCUACUGUAUUUAUAACAUCAACAUUUCUACCAGUGUACUGUAUUUGUAUCUAUACAGGGAUGUAUACCAUGAUUAUCUUCUUCAUUGUAACUAUAUACCAUUAUAGAUUCAUCAUAUAGUUAUUUUGAUUUUGUAUUCA